CUUCGAUAGUAUUUGUUUCACGGAUUUAGUGUAAUUUACAUUUGAACGCAGCUGAUACUUCGGCACCGACACUUUUCCCGCCAUCACGUGAAAUUAGCGCGUAGGGAAGACUUCCUCUGAUCGAAUCGUCGAAUAGAAAAUGAAAUGUGAAAGAGGUGUUAAAAGAGGUAGAAUAACAUACGAAAACCUUCAUUGUCCUAUCCUUGGAAUUUCUUAAAUCAGCUUCCCGUUUUACUUKUGAACCGGCAGUCUUGAGAGUGCACGGUAUGGCAUAAAACAACAGUACCGAGUACCGUCUGUUGAGAGAGCACAGCGAUGGGAUACCUGCACAAGCCUAGCACCUAUUUUUUUUCCAAUACUCAAUAAUAUCAGAAAAUCUUUCGCUCUAGUGGUAGUCGUUGUCAUAACUACCAUCACAGUCCAGUAGCAUGUCCACGCCAUGCGAACAUAAACAAAAAAAAUCUAAAUUUUCUAUAUUCAUGCAUGGAAUCAUGCUGACGAAAGGCUUUGUAAGUAGUUUUGCAAAUUUAAACAGCAAAACUUCAUAGACAUCAAAUGAUACCUCAUCGUUAACUACUGGAAGCGAUUUCUUGGGGAGCACAGMCAGCAUCUUUCACAAUGUCUGGRCAGAAUUCGGAAGAGCCCGCGACAACUGAAUUGAAAGAGUUGAGCACAGACCACUGGGCUUCACAUAACAAUAAUGUCACUUCCUAUGGUAUAAAUGAUGAAAACGUUGUUGUUAAUGCUGUUGAAGCUGAUGACACAGCUAACCCUGCUGUUGGAGCACUAGCCAGUGGCGGGGAAAAUUUAAAAAGAUCCACUCUCUCUUGGAAAGGAAUCAAUGUAUUUGCACCAAUUAACCGCGGCUCAAUUUGUAAAAGACUUUGCUGCAAGGGCGGUGAGGAAAAUGAGCCGAGCAUUAAACAGAUUCUCUUUGAUGCGAAUGGCACAGUUGAACCUGGAACUCUUCUAGCAGUCAUGGGUGCCAGYGGAGCAGGAAARACCACAUUAAUGAAUGUCCUUGCACACCGUAAUAUUGGAAGUGUUCAAGUUAUGGGUACAGUGAUGGUCAAUAAUACUCCUGUAGGAAUUAACAUCAACUCUAUCUCGGCUUACAUCCAACAAGAGGAUUUGUUCAUUGGUACACUUACUGUCAGAGAACACUUGACUUUCCAGGCUCUUCUUAGAAUGGAAAAACAUGUUUCCAAGGAAGAGAGAUUGGAUAAAGUAGAAAAAGCCCUUCACGAGCUUGGAUUGAUGAAGUGUGCUAACACAAUGAUAGGCAUUCCUGGACGAAUGAGAGGAAUAUCUGGAGGGGAGAAGAAGAGAUUGUCAUUUGCAUCAGAGGUGUUGACAGACCCUGCUAUUCUAUUUGCUGAUGAACCAACUUCAGGUCUUGACUCCUUCAUGGCACAGAAUGUUGUUUCUACACUACAAAAACUUGCAUCUCAAGGAAGAACUAUCGUGUGUACCAUUCAUCAACCUUCUUCUGAGGUUUACGCCAUGUUUUCAAGUGUUAUGUACAUGGCAGAGGGCAGGGUUGCAUUUCUUGGUUCUUCCUCAGAUGCAUUACCAUAUUUUGACAGUSUUGGUUACUCAUGUCCACCAAACUUCAAUCCAGCUGACUAUUUUGUACAACUUCUUGCAAUUGUUCCAGGUCAGGAGGACAAGAGCAGAACACGAGCAAAGAGCAUUUGUGAUGCUUUUGCUGAAAAAACUGAGAAAGAAGAUGAUGGCACACAGAGCUCAUUUAGUGAAGAUGAAGUUUUUACUCACAGACCCUAUAAAGCUUCCUGGUGCACGCAGUUCCGAGCCGUCCUCAGAAGAAGCUGGAUUAGCUCACUGAGAGACAAGAUGAUGUUAAGACUUAGACUAAUUCAAAGUGUGGUAAGCUUCUUAGCUCUUCUUAGGACACAAGAAAGUUCAAUUGAUGCAGUUAUAUGCCUAAUUUAAUUCAGCUGUGUUCACAAAAUGAAACUUUACUCAUGACAGUGUAA